AUGCCUUUGAAGCUUAGAAAUGCCGUUUCGGGUUUCCGAGUAUGGAGGAAAACACGAUGGUAUUCUGUUGACGAAAAACCACGAAUCAAUCCGGUGGGAAUCCAGCAUCUGAGUAAACAUCUUCACAAUCAAGUUUUUGGUCCGGAAACGUCCAAGCCAGUGAACAACGAAAUUACAACCCAGGAAAAAGAGCUAUUAACGCGUCUGUCAAAAUCGUUUCUCAAAAAACAUGGCCUUUUGGGCAAAAAAACCGGGAUUUCCAAGCCCAUCGCAUUUGAUUUACCUACUCUACAAGGUAGCUCGCUGGACGAGCAUUUCCAAAAACUGGGACACUACGCGUCAGAGCCGUUUCUGGGUAAAGCGCGGAAUAAAUUCACCAAAUUGCCACCAAGGCCGAAGUCUUGGCUCAGAAAGGCCGGUUGGACACGAUAUACAGCUUCUGGGGAAACUGCACAUGUGCCGUUCCCGCAAGAAGACACCAUAGUCUUUGACGUUGAAACACUCUACAAAAUAUCUCCUUACCCAACGCUGGCUGUUGCGGUAUCGGAAGAAGCCUGGUAUUGCUGGUGUUCGCCCUUUUUGUGUGGAGAAUCCGAUGACCCUGCUCAUCUGGUGCCUCUGGAUACGCUGAACAAAACGAGGCUUGUAAUAGGCCAUAAUGUCGGAUAUGAUCGUGCUCGGGUAUUGGAGGAAUACAAUUGUCAAGAAUCAAAAGCGUUCUUUCUGGAUACAAUGUCGCUGCACGUAGCCUCUUCUGGUAUGUGUUCACGGCAGCGGCCCCAAUGGAUGCUGAAACAAAAGGCUCACAAGGCUGAAAGCAAUGAUGACACUGAUAUGGAUCCCAUUUCUGGUGAUCAAGAGGAGGAGCCUUGGACUAACGUCUCAGCACUGAAUUCACUCGAAGACGUAGUAGCUUUACACUGCGGUAUAAAGCUAGACAAAUCUAAGCGAGACGCCUUUGCAACUCUUGAUAAAACUAAGAUCAUCGAAGAUUUCAACUCAUUAGUGAGUUAUUGCGCAACGGACGUUGAGGCAACAAGUAAAGUAUUCGACGUUGUUUUUCCAUUAUUCCUGCUGAAAUGCCCACACCCUGUGUCAUUCGGUGCUUUGCGUCUGCUUUCAACUUCAUUCCUCACGACCAAAGAAUCGAACUGGAAAAACUACCUUUCAAGCUCAGAAACGCAUUACCAAGACAGCAAACAAUGCAUCGAAAAAAAAAUUGUGACCAUCGUCGAGGAUGUGGUAAAGCUAAAAGAUGACAAAAAUUCGUUUGCCAAUGACCCUUGGCUUAAGCAGUUGGAUUGGACAUCUAAAGCUUUGCGACUCACUAAAAAGGGCAUUCCUGCUAAGGGUCAAAAAUUACCUGGUUUUCCAGAAUGGUACAGACAGCUGUUUCCCUCCAAAAACAGUACUGCUCCUGUCAUAACCAUAAGAAAUCGAACAAUUCCUCUAUUCUUUAAACUUUGCUGGGAAGGUGAGCCUGUGAUAUGGACUGAGUCUAGCGGUUGGUGCUUUGCCAUGCCAAGCGGUCGAUUGGAUGAAAUGAAAGAGAAGAAUUAUCACGCUACAAACGCCCCAGAGUUUAUGGUCCCAGGUUACCAAUUAUUCAGAGUCCCACAUCCCAACGGACCGCAAUUUAAUUGCACGACCCUCCUCAGCAAACCUUAUCUCCAAUUUUUCGAGAAAGGCGUGUUAACUUCUAACUCAGAUUUGGCUCGAGAGGCUCUGAAAAUAAACUCCUCAUGUUCCUACUGGAUAUCAGCUCGCGAAAGGGUUAUGUCACAGUUUGUGGUAUCCAAGAAGAAGUUUCCCAAUCAGUUCAAGAGUUUAGGCUCUGGACCCUCGUCCGAUGAAGAGCUGAGCAUUAUUUUACCUACUAUCAUACCGAUGGGAACGGUGACUAGAAGAUCAGUGGAGAAUACGUGGUUAACGGCCUCAAAUGCAAAGGCAAACAGAAUUGGGUCAGAGCUAAAAGCACAAAUCAAAGCUCCAGAGGGCUACGCAUUUGUAGGUGCAGAUGUUGACAGCGAAGAGCUGUGGAUUGCAUCACUCGUCAGUGAUUCGGUUUUCAAUAUACAUGGAGGGACUCCAAUUGGGUGGAUGUGCCUAGAGGGCUCGAAAAAUGAGGGCACUGAUUUGCACUCGAAAACCGCACAAAUACUCAAGUGCUCCAGAAAUGAGGCUAAAAUUUUCAACUACGGUAGAAUUUAUGGAGCUGGUGUAAAGUUUGCAACUCAAUUGCUCAAGAAAUUCAAUCCAAACUUGUCGGAUCAAGAAACUAAAGAGAUGGCAGAAAAGCUGUACGAAUCAACAAAGGGUCAAACCAAACGCUCUAAACUGUUCAAGAAGUUUUGGUAUGGUGGAUCGGAAUCCAUUCUGUUCAACAAACUGGAACAUAUAGCAGAACAAGAUAUUCCUAAAACCCCGGUCCUGGGUGCGGGUAUCACUUAUUCGCUGAUGAAACGCAACCUGCGCUCAAACACUUUUCUCCCAUCGCGUAUAAACUGGGCAAUUCAAUCUUCUGGUGUUGAUUAUCUUCAUCUCUUGUGCUGCUCGAUGAAUUAUUUGCUCAAGAAAUAUAGCAUCGACGCAAGACUUGCCAUUUCUAUUCAUGACGAGAUCCGUUACUUGACAACGGAAAAGGAUAAAUACAGGACAGCGAUGGCUCUCCAAAUUAGCAACCUAUGGACCAGGGCUAUUUUCUCAGAACAAAUGGGUAUAAAAGAUCUCCCUCAGAACUGCGCUUUCUUUUCGGCAGUUGAUAUUGACCAUGUGCUCAGGAAAGAAGUGGACAUGGAUUGCAUCACUCCGUCGAACCAGGUGGCCAUUCCUCCUGGUGAAUCUCUUGACAUAUCCGCUCUGUUAGCACGGCCAGACAGCAAGCUCUUGAAGCCUCGUGCAGACGUUGAUGUGUCCAAAUUGCCAUACCAAUACCGAGAGCCUGUGUUUUCGAAGAACCAAAGGGCCUAUAGCAAGAAUUUUUUGGAUUACUUUCUCAGGAUGCAGAUCCAGUCAGCGAAAUGGAAGGUCAACGAACUCGAAAAGGAUUAUGUACGACACGUCGAUCAGGAAAAGCGCGUGCUUGAAGAUGACGGUUCGAAGUAUCAGUUUGCCGACUUUUUGGAUGACACGACCAAGGAAGAACGUCCAAAAAUGAAUAUUAUGGCAGAAUGCAGUGUGCCCCGAAAUGAGCCUAAAGUAAACCUGGCCCUUUCGCCUGUCUCCAGUUUUGAACAGCAGCACAUGCAGGCAAGUAAACCUAGCGUAAGCUCGAGAAGACUGUCUUCUAGUCGCAGAACACACAGGGGGUCGCAUUCAAAAAGCGUCGGUUACGCAAUGUUCAACGAGUGCAUCGAUUUUUCUCCACAGGCUGCAGAACGUAGACAAAAGGAGUUUGUUGACAAGCGUAUUGAUGUGGACUCGAUUGUUGAAGGACUUGUGCGGGACGAAGGCAUAGACUAUACGGCGCGGGCAAAAAGAGUAAAGGCUUCUUCGUCGUCCUCCUCCUCCUCUUUCAAGAAGAAAGCGAGCCUUUCCAAAAAGAAGGAACGGGUGAUCUUACAGAAACCCCCCGUGACUCGUACUCGCAGUAUUGAUCUUCGCAGCCGGUGA